AUGGCCUCAGCGCAAAAGCCGAAGCCCUCAGUGCCCGUUGCACUCUCAUCUGAGGCAAUUGAUGACCUGAUCUACGAUGCCCGUGCAGGCGACCUCGAGGCUUUGACGGCAGACAUCGCCACCUUGGCCUCGCAGCACAGCUGCCCAGAAUGGCAAAUCGUCGCGUCGGCCAUCGACCAGGAGGAUGAGAGUGAAGGCGGCACAGGAUCCUGUGUGCUGCACUUCCCUUCUGCAAAUGGAAACACCGAGAUUCUCAAUGCUCUGCUGCAAAGGCUCUCUGCUGCCGAUGCGGCUCAACGCUCAGCAUUCGUGAAUCACCGCAAUCACUCCGGUAACACAUCUCUGCACUGGGCUGCCCUGAACACACACCUAGAAUGUGUGAAAGCGCUCGUCGAGGCCGGAGCCGAUGUGACUAUCAAGAAUGACGCGGGGCACGAUGCCGUGUUCCUCGCCGAGCGGGCCGCAUGGGAUGCAGCUGCGGAGGGCGACACCGAGAACGACAGCCAGACCCAAGAGAUCGAAAUGACCAUUGGGGAGAGCGAGGGCGAGGACAAGGCUGCUUCGAAUCCCGGAGAGAUGUCUGCAGGCAGACAGGUGGUUGAGUGGCUGUUGAGCUCGGAGAAGGCGGCUGCUUUGGAACGCGGUGCAAACGAGGGUGAGGAAUCUGCAUGA